ACACCUCCCAAAGCAAGGCAGACGAAUGUGGAUUCCAGCAUCGUAGAGGAUCUGAAAAUGUCUGCGUACAGCUUGGACUAUAGAACCACUGGCCGUGCAUCCUGUUUGUUCUGCCUCCUGGGGUGCGGACUGCUGUCCUAUGUUGGAGCAUAUGUGAUUGUCAAUUCAGUGUCCUGGUCAGUCACCAAUGAAGUGGAGGAGGAACUGGACAGCUCCUCCACAGAAGAUGCUCUUCCUUCUCUGCUGGAAGAUACAAUCAGCAUAUGGAAGCAGAGCUACCCAUCCUCUGCCUACAAAGAGGACAGGGAGAUGAAGGCCAGGCCAGGGCCUGACAACACUGAGCAGAUCUCCUCACCCUCCAGAAUGUUCUCCUACAAGAGGGAGAGCAGUGCAGGCACUGAGAGCCCUCCUUCUCCUGCAUCUCUCUUCCAGACCAAGCUGGCCACCAAUGCCCGAACACUGGUCCACAAGAGCAAAUGGGGGGUCCUAGCUACCAUUUCAUCCCAGGAGAUGAUCCAGGGACUGCCUUUUGGGCAGGUUCUGUUAACCAGUGAUGGUCCUAUGCAUAAUAGCACUGGUGUUCCGUUUUUUUAUGUUACACCUAAGGCAAGCUUCUUCUCUGAUUUGAUGAAAAAUCCAGUUGCUUCUUUCACAUUUGCAGAUCCAGAUGGUGAGGUGUGCAGGUAA